CAAGUCGCACGCGCAGAGCCAUUGCUCUCGGUAGAUACUUUUCUCGACUACUUAUCCGUGCGGUAGUAAAGUCGUUAAUAUAAUCUAAGGUAAACCAGGAACGUGAGUCAAAACUACAGUUAAGUUCAGCGCAAACAUGGAAGUCAGGCCCGCUUUGUUUGCGCUACUGGCGAUCGGUCUUCUCGUAGGGGAUGUCGACGCUGGUUGGAAGUUUUGGAAGUCCAGUAAGAAGGAUGAAGUCACGACCACGACUACAACAACCACUACCGUGGCUCCGGCAAUCCCUAGUCAACGCACUCCGACUAAUCCGAAGACUGCCGUAUUAGGUGCAGCAGAUCCAGGACUCGCAAUUGGAGUUGGUAGUACUGGAACGAAUAUCAGGAACAAUGCACGACCGAACAGACCAAAUCCGGGAACUGAGGUCGGCCUCGAUAUACCAGCCCCAAAACCAAAUAAACCAGGAAUCGGAGGUCAAGGAGGACAAGGCUACAGAGACUGGGCAGUAGGAUUGACAGGAGCUGGUGAACCCGGACAGCCUGGGUCAAAACUGCCGAAUCAAGGACCAGCACAGCAGCCAACUCCGAACACCGGAAGUAGACCUGGAACUCCAACGGGCCAGCCCGUUGGUGGUCAAUCACAAACAGGACAGCAGCAACCCGGAAGUCGUCCAGGUACGCCAACCGGAACUGGUCCUGCCAUUCAGACGGGGCAAUCCAGUAGUACUCUGAAACCGGCAAUAUCCACUACCCGCGGACCUCAGGGAGGUUCCGCCGACGGAAAGCCGCAAGUUUCCACAUUGAACAUUGGCAGCUUGAACCCCGGUAGCAGACCAGGUUCACCAACAUCUAAUACCGGGUCCAAUCCUCAAAGCAGACCCGGCUCACCUACGUCCACAUCCGGAGGCAGCACACCUACAGGUGGUAAAACUUGGGCGGAUAUUGCAGCGACAAAUAGCAGACCCGGUUCCCCGACACCUUCUAGAUCUGGCUCUCCGACACCCUCUUCAAGACCCGGUUCACCGCAAAGUGGACAAAACUCAUACCCUGGACAAGGGGGUAGCACUACACCAGGCCAAUCUCGACCAUCUCAAGUCCCGGUACAGCCUUACGGCCAACCAGGACAUCAGGGUGCUCAGCAGCCGGGACGAACGGGACCUUCAACCGGUGGAGCAAUUGCUGCCGGAGCCGUAGGUGGUGCUGUGGCCGCUACAACUUUCUCGAGCAAUCCAACGUACAGCAAAGGAAACGCAGUGACUGACGAAGAUCUGAUCAAGUUAGCCGAAUCCUUGUUCAUUAAGGACGUGAACAAUGCCAACAGAUACAUCACACUGAAUCUUCAGAAACGGACGACCGGCAGCAGUGCCGCCGACGAGGCACCUCAACCGUUGCUGAGCGUCAGAUCCGAGGCUCUACAAAUCCCUACGAUCCAAAAGGUUCUCGCUCUCUACAACAAUUACGAACACGAUAUCCGUACGAAUGAAUACGUGAGCCCAGCAGAACGAGCGGAAGAGAGUCUAUUGGUGGACACAUUUUUGAGUACAAACGUAAUGUCGGCUGCGAUGCGUUUUCUAGCAGACAAGGGAUUCAUUCGCAAGGACUACUACGAGUACAAAGAUACCUUGCGAAGAUUGUGGUUUAAUCUUUACUCUCGUGGAGAGGGUAAGAUUGGAAGCUCCGGCUUCGAACAUGUCUUCUUAUCAGAAUCGAAACUAGGUACCGAAGUUAUCGGGUUACACAACUGGAUUUACUACAACGCUGAAGAAGUUGCUAACCGUGCUAACUACUUGGGCUACAUAAAGAAGGUGGACCUUGGAGACAAAGCUUCGAUACUGAAGAUUCACACGAAACUAAAUGGCGUGGACAAACCAGUCACGUCCAUCUUCAUCGGGACUUCACCGGAGUUGGAAAUGGCUCUCUACACGGUUUGCUUCUUCGUCAGGCCAGACACUACAUGUCCAGUUUCACUGGGAGGCACGCCAUUUAACAUCGUUACGCACAAGUUCAAAUACAGGGGCAAAGAAAUGAUCGGAUCUGCCCACCCUGAUAUUUAAAAAUCUACGUUAAUAUUUAAGUCGAAUCUAUUAACUCUUCAUUGGUCCAACAACUUUGUACUAAUCUAUAGUAAUAACUCAAGUAAGAAUCUCAACUUUAAAUGACCUCGUCAUAAAAUCCGCUACACAGUAAGAAAGCAAAGAAAUUUAUCUAUUAAGGAUGGUUCGUAGCUUUUUCCGAAUCAUGAACACGUAAGAAGUUUUAAUCAAACAUGCGCUUAUAUCAUGUUUAAAAUUUUUUCUUUUGUCACGAACGUUCCGCACGUGACACUUUUAUUUUUAAAACAAACAAUUACGAAGGUUAUGAUGACUUUUAAAUAAUAGAUGUGACACCUCAAAUGACGUUUCAAAAGUAAUCCGCAAACCUUCUUCUUCGUUCUCUCGUAAUUGUACUUUUAAGGAAUCUGUUAUGCAAUUAAACGAACCUGUGACGAAAA